AUGGGCGAAGAACCGGUCGCUUAUCGUUUACAUGUCCAUCUGUUUGGUGGGGUGUGGAGCCCCAGCGCGGCUAACUUCGCUGUGAAGCAGACUGCUCUCGAUCAUCGAGACGAAUUCGAUGAUAUCACAAUUGACAGCAUUAACAAUAGCCUUUAUGUUGAUGACCUGUGUAAGUCUGUGGUGUCUACAGAAAUAGGCACCGAACUGGCUGAUCAGCUGUGCAAGCUGCUGAGGCUUGCUGGUUUCCAUCUCACGAAAUGGCUCAGUAAUGAUCGGGACGUUAUUGGGUCGGUGCCAGAAGAGGACCGAGCACCAAAAAUCAAAGAUUUGGACCUAUACAAUUCAAAUAUACCAACUGAUCGUGUUUUGGGAGUAGUAUGGGACCCUGAGGCUGAUUCCCUCGGAGUCCGAGCCAAGGUCGUUGAUAAACCCCUAACGCGACGUGGGGUACUCAGCGUUGUUAGUUCCGUAUAUGACCCCAUGGGCAUCGAAAGUCCUUUCGUCUUACCUGCAAAAGUGCUUAUUCAGGAACUCUGUCGCCGAGGGGCUGGAUGGGACGAACCCCUGUCCGAGUAUGAAAUUAUAGAGUGGGAACGCUGGAAAUGUGAUGUGAGAAAACUCCAGAUAUUUUCUGUCAAUAGGUGUUUCCAUCCUUGUGAUUUUGGUGAAGUUGCCAGCACUGAGCUUCACCAUUUCUCAGACGCCAGUGAGAAAGCCUAUGGAUCGGUGUGCUUUGUUCGCCAAACCAGUCACAAUGGUAAGAUUCAUUGUACCCAUGUGUUUGCCAAGUCAAAAUUGGCACCAUUGAACAGACUCACGGUACCCCGUCUCGAAUUGCUCGCUGCAGUCGAGGCAGUGAAAAUUGAUCAAAUGUUGAGACAGGAACUGGAUAUUCCGAUCACAAGCUCAACAUUCUGGACUGACAGCAUGCUGUGGAAUCGAUUGCGACGUGCGACUGCCUGGAUGUUACGGUUUAAACAGUUGCUGCUCCAGAGGGUCAGAAAAACGCCUGACCAAAUGCCCGGUGGCAGUCUCACCGUGGAGGAGAUCAAACAGGCUGAAAUCUCCAUUGUAAGAUACGUUCAGAAAUGCGAGUCUUCGUCCGAGCUGCGUGAUCUUCAGAACGGGAAGCAGAGCGUCAAGAAUUCUAGUCCGCUGUACCAAUUGGAGCCAUAUUUUUAUAGUUCUGGAGUCAUGUGUGUCAGGGGCAGGAUUGAAAACGCUCCUGUCCCUGUAGGACAGAGACAUCAGAUGAUUGUGCCUACGGACUCUUAUCUGGCCACCCUGCUGGUGCAGCACAAUCAUGAAGUAGCAGGACAUGCUGGUAGAGAAUAUGUGCUGUCUCUGCUGGUACAGAAGUUCUGGCUCCUGAAACCAAGGAACAUGGUGCAAAGGGUUCUUUCUGACUGUACCCACUGUCGCAGGAAAAAGACCCGUUUGAUGAAACAGCGCAUGGCAAACUUGCCAUUGGAUCGUGUAGUGCCAUAUGAACCCCCCUUCAAGUACAGGGGAAUCCAGUGGGUUUUCAACCCCGCAGCAGCCAGUCACUUCGGGGCCUGCUGGGAGCGUCUCAUCCGGAGUAUUCGUUCGACGUUGACAUCUGUUAUGAACGUGCCUGCCGUGAAAAACCAAGUCCUCGGCGAUGAGGAGCUCACAACGUUCAUGUGUGAAGUCGAGUCUAUCGAUGAAUCCACACCAAUGCAUCUGUGGCCGCUCGCCAGGGUGGUGGAAGUUUUUCCAGGCAAGGAUAAUCUGGUCAGGUCUGCUCGUGUCAAGACCAGGACCGCCACUUUGACCCGUCCAAUUCACAAGCUAAGCCUCUUGGAGUCUAGUGAGGAGAAACAGGACUUGGAGGACGAGGCAUAG